AUGACGGGGGCGAAGGAAGUUUCAACGCCAUUGUCACCCUCGGUGGACUUAUGUGCUGAUACUUCUCCAUCCUUUGAUGCGACGAUGUAUCGCCAGGCUAUAUGUCGGUUGCAGUAUUUGGUCAUUACUAGACCAGAGAUUUCCUUUGCAGUGAAUCGUCUAGCUCAAUUUAUGGCGUCCCCAGCUGAGGUGCAUUGGCAGUCUGUGAAGCGAAUUUUGCGUUAUUUGAAAGGUACUGUUCACUAUGGCUUGCACUUUCGGGGAGGUCCUUCUGGUUCUCUUUUGGAUUAUUCUGACUCGGACUGGGGAGGUCUUCAUGAUGGGGGUCGAUCCACGACGGCGUAUGUUAUGUUUUUUGGUGCCAAUGUUGUCUCCUGGAGAUCUGCUAAACAACGCUUCUGUGUCUCGAUCUUCUACGGAAGCUGA